AUGGAAGAAGCCCUAUAUUUCGUAUCUAAAGUUCUUGACAUCCCAGAAGCUGAGAAAAAAUUGGCAGCAGAUCGCCAUGUUUUCCUAGAUCAUCUGGUCCAGACCAUCCACCAAGUAAUUCCUUAUCAAAAUAUAACUUUACUCUCACUGAAACCGGAACAUCGUCACAUACCAACAUGGACUGAAAUUAAAGAAGCCAUGAUGAUUAAACAAGGAGGAACGUGUUACAUUCUCAAUGUCUUUGUGAAAUAUUUGCUUCAAGCUUUGGGUUUUGACGUAUAUCAUGCUGCAUCGGAAUUCGGUUUCCCAAACAAUCAUAUUACUACAAUUGUUCGAAACUUAUCGUCAGAUGGCGCUAAACAUCUGGUGGAUUUCAACGGCUUCCCAUCGUUCAAAGCUAUCCCAUUAGAUUUCAAAGAAGAAUCACCGGUUUAUAGCAUGUCAUUUCUCACAUUUAAAUUUGUUCGCGAAGGAAAUUUAAUAAUACGAGUUCACAAAACUUUAGAACCUCAUUGCCCUAAGAAUCUGAGCGAAUCAGAAGGUUGGGCUCACUAUUUUACUAUAGAUCCUGAACCUCGAGAUCUUUCUUACUUUGAAGAAGACAUGACUAAAGUGUACACCGUGCCAGGAGUCAACUCUCAAAUCUUAGAAAAUUUAAUGUUUGUUAGUUUUCCUGGACUCCAACUUUGCGGUAUAAAAAAUAAGUUUGAGCUCUCAGAAGGAGACAACCAUAAAAUUAACUACAAACAAAUUUCAUCUAAGUCCGAAAUGGUCCAGUCAAUUAUUAACAAACAUUCACAAUUUCCUGAAGAUAAGAUCGUCUCAGCAAUUGACAGGAUAAAUUUGUUUACUAUUUAA